AUGUUUAAUGACGCUUUGAUCUGUGCGUCAUUGGCUGGGGGUGUGCUGGGUUAUAAAAGGGUUGGAGAUCAGCAAUGCCUAACAGAGACUCCUAAGUCGAGGAACAUUGAGAAGAUCUCGACCAAGAGACUUCCAAGAGUCAGCAUGCAGCUUCUGGGGAUGGCGAGCCUGCUGUCCGUACUGCUCAUGCUGUCAAGUAUAAAGGCAGCAGCACCUCUGGAAGACAGGCUCGGUCUCCGCUCAAGUCAGGAGAUGAACAAAGAAAGGAAAGAGGUUAUUUUGAAGCUCUUAUCGGGGCUGCUUGAUUCCAGCAGCAAUCAGAUGGGAAUUGAGAGCACCUUCCCGAAUCCCGAGGAAGUGGACGAAAUUAAGCUGGAGGAGACGCCCCGCUUCAGUCAUUUGUCCCAGCGAGAUCGCAAGGGCUGCAAAAACUUCUUCUGGAAGACCUUCACCUCCUGUUGACGUCACACACAGCAAUCGCCGGCAAACUCUCCUGAAAGGAACUGACUUAGCACUGUACAUACGAUGUCGCUUUAUAUUUUGUUCGUCUGUGGGGUAAAAAUUUCCUUAC